AUGAGUACCGGCCAGUCAAACACCGGUUCUAAGAAGCUCUCCAACAACCCAAACUUUGUGUUGGAAGAAGAACAAAACCGCCGCCGCGCCGCCGGCGCUUGCAUCAAGUGCGGCAAAUUAGGUCACAAGUUUGCGGAAUGCCACACGGGCUGGAAGGCCACCCCUAUCAAGGAUAAGGGGAAGGCUAAAGAGACCGCCAAGAUUGGCAAAGACUCCAAGUACCAAUUGGGAAAAGAAAUCUCCCCACUCUUCACUAUUUCAAUCAAGCCAGAGAAACAAGCGGACCCCUUAGAAGUCCUGAUAGAUUCAGGCGCCACAUCAUUGUUCCUACACCCACACACUGCUGAGGCAUUACGCCUACCCCUCAUAGACCUCCCUACACCCCGCACCGUUACUAUGCUUGAUGGGUCGAGCCCCCAGGCUGGCAAAAUCUGGAAGAAGGCCAUACUGACCUUUUCCUUUGAUGGCAAACAAAUGACAGAGACCUUCCUAAUCUGCAACACAGGAUCUCACGCCGCUAUCCUAGGAUUGAAGUGGUUAGACGCCCACAACCCGGAGAUUGAUUGGAAUCUGCGCACCCUCUCCUUUCCUCACACCCCACCGGAACAAGUAACCAUUGCCGAAGAGGAGGAAGCCAACAAAAACCCUCUUGAAGGAGUACCCCCUGAGUACCAUCAGUAUGCUAAGGUAUUUGGGGAAGAAGAAUUCAACAAGCUCCCUCCGCACCGGCAUUACAACAUUGGAAUCAAGCUCACGGAAGAAGGGCCCCUCAACUCCCCCCUCUACAGUAUGACAGACGCUGAGUCCGCCACACUCAAGGACUGGCUCAGGGACGAGUUGAAAGCUGGGAAGAUCCAACCCAGUAAAUCCUCAAUCAGUUCCCCCGUCAUGUUUGUUCCAAAAAAGGAUGGUUCCCGCCGAUUAGUAGUUGAUUACCAACGCCUAAAUAACCGGACAAAAAAGAACGUUUACCCGCUACCCCGUCCUGAUGACCUCAUGGCCCAGCUCUGCGGCGCCAAGAUAUUCACCAAAUUAGAUCUAAGAUGGGGUUACAACAACGUCCGUGUCAAGGAGGGUGACGAAUGGAAAACUGCCUUCCAAACAAAGUAUGGCCUUUACGAGUCCCUGGUGAUGACCUUUGGUUUAACAAAUGCCCCCGCCGCCUUCCAGCACUUCAUGAACAAACUGUUCAAGGAUUUAUUGGAUGUAUGCGUCAUCAUCUACCUUGAUGACAUCCUCAUUUACUCCAAGGAUAACGCUUCCCACACCCGGCACGUCCAUGAAGUCCUACGGCGCCUUAUGGAAAAUCAACUGUUUUGUAAAGCCUCAAAGUGCACCUUCCACGUGACAUCUGUGGAAUACCUGGGUAUUAUUGUCUCGGAUAAAGGCUUCAGUUUGGAUAAGCUCAAAAUCCAGGCUGUCCAAGAAUGGCCUACUCCUACCAAAAUCAAAGAGGUUCAAUCAUUCUUGGGAUUUGCCAACUUCCUCCGCCGAUUCAUUGCCAAUUUCAGCCACAUGGCUAGGCCGUUACACAACCUAGUCAAGAAGGACACUCCUUGGAAAUGGGAUACAAAGGAACAAGAAGCUUUCCAAGGGUUGAAGGACGCAAUCACCAACGCCCCUGUCCUCUGCCAUGCGGACCCUGCCAAACCCUACUUCCUGGAAACAGAUGCAUCCGGCGCGGCCCUUGGUUCUAUACUCAGUCAACGGCAGGAAGAUGGUUGCUUACACCCCCUUGGUUUCCUCUCUGAAUCAUUCAAAGGAGCCAAGCAGAAUUAUGACACACACAAUAAGGAGCUCCUAGCAAUCAUUUGCUCCUUUGAGUACUGGCGCAUAUUCCUGGAAGGGACUCUAUACCCCAUCACCGUAUUCACCAAUCACUGUAACCUGGAAUACUGGAAAGAAUCCCGGACGUUCAACCGCCGCCAUGCAAGAUGGCACCUUUUAUUGGCCGGAUACAACUUCCAGAUAGUAUACCGUCCCGGCAAACAAUCCGGUAAACCCAAUGCCCUGUCACAACGUUCUGACCAUGCGGACAUUCCCCCUGCCAAUCAAACCAUGCUACCCAACCCCGUAUUCACCAACGUUGCCCUAGUCACCCCUGAGAGGGAGCUCCAACGCCAAAUCAAAGGCGCCCUUGACCAAGACAAAUCACUAGAGGAAAUAUUACAAUUCCUCCAAAAUGAGUCAAAGGCACCCCCGUCCAUCAAACGCGCGUUCAAAGAUUACAAAAUGGAAGCGGGCCUACUCUUCUACCAAGGACAAAUUGUGGUCCCUGACGUUGGAACGCUGAGAACGGAACUACUUUGUAUCUUCCAUGACAGCCCAUUGGCUGGACACCCUGGGAGGCAGCAAACGUUAGAAUUGAUCUGCAGGAAUUACUAUUGGCCUGGCAUCCGCGCCAACACCUAUUGGCACGUGGAUUCCUGUGAAACCUGCCAGCGUAUUUGCAAACCAAAGUAUGCUUCAAUUCCCCUGCAGCCACUAGAAAUCCCAUCCAGACCCUGGCAACAUAUCUCUUAUGACAUGAUAGUAGAUUUGCCCAAGGACGGGAAUUUUGACUCCAUCUUGGUUAUCAUUGACAGCUUCACUAAGUACGGCAUCUUCAUCAAAUGUUCAAAAAAGUUGAAAGCGCCCAAACUAGCAGACCUAUUCCUGGAAAAUGUCUGGAAACGCCAUGGGAUGCCGGAAAAGACGAUAUCAGACAGGGGAAGGGUGUUCAACAAUAAGUUCCUAAAAGCCCUGUACAAACGCUUAGGAAUAGACCCCCACUACUCUUCAGCCUAUCACCCCCAAAGUGAUGGACAGACAGAACAAGUAAACCCGUCCAUUGAACACUUCCUAAGGGCAUACUCUGGCAUCAACCAACGGGACUGGACAAAGUGGCUCCCCAUGGCGGAAUUUGCUUACAAUAAUGCCGUACACAGUAGCACCGGAAAAACUCCUUUCAAAGCCCUGUACGGAUGGGAACCCACCUUAACCCCAUCCAACGUACCAACAGAUGUUCCAGAAGCAGACAACCUUGCCCAGGCAAUGGAAGCCCAAUGGAAGGAAGUAGAAUCCGCCUUACAGCAAUCUAAGCAACGGAUGGUAGCUGGAGAAGACGGAAACCCAGUAGAAUUUGAGAUUGGAGAGGAAGCAUGGUUGGACUCCAGAAACGUAAACCUCAAGACCCUGAGCCCAAAGCUAACCAAGCAACGCUUAGGACCAUUCAAGGUCAUCGAGAAGAUCUCCAACCGCGCCUACCAACUCAAGCUACCUCCAACUAUGCGUAUCCACAAUGUUUUCUAUGUGGGGCUCCUAUCCAAGGUCAAAAGGGACAAGAAGCGCACCUUUGAAAAUUGCCCCCCACCAGUCACCAUAGACGGAGAAGAGGAAUAUGAGGUGGAAGGGAUCACUGAUGCCAAAGAAAGGAACGGAGAAUGGUUCUUCCAAGUCAAAUGGAAGGAAAAAUACAAAAAGGACAUGAAAAAGAAGGCCCUUGGCGCUGCCAAGGCCCUUAGAGGGGGGGCAGUGUCGUAG